AUGGGGGCUUACAAGUACAUUGGCGAGCUCUACAAGAAAAAGCAGUCGGAUGUCCUCCGAUUCCUCCUCCGCGUGAGGUGCUGGGAGUACCGCCAGCUUAACGUCAUCCACCGUGCCUCGCGCCCGUCCCGUCCCGACAAGGCUCGCCGCCUUGGCUACAAGGCCAAGCAGGGCUACGUUGUCUACCGCGUCCGUGUGAGGAGGGGUAACCGCAAGAAACAGGUCCCGAAGGGUGCCACCUUCGGCAAGCCCGUCCGCCAGGGUGUCAACCACCUCAAGCCCCAGCGUGGUUUGAGGAGCGUGGCGGAGGAGCGUGUCGGCAGACGGUGUGGUAACCUUCGUGUGCUCAACUCGUACUGGGUGAACCAGGACGGUGUCUACAAGUACUACGAGGUCAUUCUCGUUGACCCCAGCCACAAGGCUAUCCGCCGCGACCCCAGGAUCAACUGGAUCACGAAGCCUGUGCACAAGCGUCGCGAGGCUCGUGGCCUUACCGGUGUCGGCAAGAAGAACCGUGGCUUGGGCAAGGGUCAUUUGCACAACCACACUCCGGGCUGGUCUACCUGGAAAAAGCACAACACCCUCAGCCUCCGCCGUUACCGGUAA